AUGUGUCAACAUCAAGUCACCUUCACAAACCUUGUACCAUCACUGGCGAUUGCACUUAUCGACUAUCUCAGUCGUCUUAAACAACGAUUCUCACCAUCGCUUCGAAUUGUCAUAUCCACAGGAGAACCACUUUCUUGGACACUGGCCAGCGAACUUCUAGAAUGUCUUUCACCGAACACGCAUCUUUUGAACACCUACGGUGUUACUGAAACAACUGUCGACUGUACGUAUCGUCGAGUAUUUGAACACGAUAGUGUAUUAUCAUCGUUGUCCACGUUCGUUCCUGUCGGUGUUCCGCUUCCUAACUACGUAUGUCAUAUUAUAGAAGAAGAAGGAGAAGAAGACGGUGUUGGUGAACUAUUUAUUGGUGGACCGGGCGUAUUUCAAGGCUAUUUAAAUCAAGGUCCAAAUCCAGACGACAGUCGUUUAGCGAAGAUCAAUGAAGACAUAUGUUAUCGUACAGGUGAUCUGGUCAAAGUUGUUAAUGGUGAACUUGCCUACGUAGGCCGACGAGACUUUCAAGUGAAAAUACGAGGUCAACGCAUCGAAACAGGAGAGAUCGAGGCUGUAAUAUUGCGACAUUGUCGGGAGCAGUUGAAUGCAUGUGUCGUCAUAGCGUAUGAUAAUCACCUAAUUGCCUAUGUUCAAACUCGCUCAUCCGGCACUGACGUUGAACGAAUCGUCAAUGAGACAUGUCGUCAACAUCUACCCAUAAAUAUGUUACCAUUCGCUAUUGUCGUUCUCGACCGAUUUCCAUUGAACGCCAAUGGAAAAGUCGAUCGUGCUUGUUUACCGCCACCACUAUCUCCGAAAGUUUCACUAUCAACCGAUGGCGAACCUCAGAACGAGCUUGAAUUCUACUUACACGGAUUAUGGUGUCGUAUGUUGGGAAUAGACCGAGUACCACGCGACAUCAACUUAUAUACAUUGGGCGCUAACUCUUUACACUUCAUGUUAGCUGCAAACGACUACCAUCGUCAAUUACGAACCAAGAAUGCUCAGUUGGAUUUAUCUACUUUCAUUCGACACGCCACUAUCGCGCAACAUGCUGAAAUUCUUCUAACCAAGCAGAAUCAAACGAUCAUUACACCAGUGUGGCAAUCCGAACGUCUUACAGAAGGACCAUCGUCAUUGGAACAGGAAGCCAUUUGGCUUGAUGAACAGAUGCGCUUUCGUAGUGACAAGGACGGUAUUGCUGUUUAUCACAUCGUGCUCACUUUUCGUAUUCUAACGAUUGACGGCAAAUCUCAAUUGGUCACAUCACGCCUUCGGUCAAGUCUUCAAUUACUCGUUGAAAAGCAUGCAUCAUUACGCACUUGUUUGGAAAUGUCCGAUGAUGACCAAAGUGAACUGCGUCAACGUAUUUUGCCAUCGAAUUCAACCGAAGUGCCUCUUGUCGAAAUUAAAUCUGAUUCUCUCUCACAUAUUCUCUUCACAUCUGGUUCUACAGGCGAACCUAAAGCGAUUCAACUGAGCCAUCGAAAUUUUGUAUCCUAUACUCGUUCGGCAGUAAUCGAUUCAACAAGCAUUGUACUCCAUCAUAGAUCUGUUGCAUUUGAUCCUCAUCUUGAAGAGAUAGCCGGAAGUUUAAUAAGCGGUGCUCAGGUUGUCUUACUCAAACCGGAUCCAUGCCAUCUCGAUAUGGAUUAUUUCUCGACAACAAUCGCCCGAUAUCAAGUGACAUUCAUAGGCAUAGUACCCACAGCACUCAUCACAAUGAUCAACUUGAUUCGAUCAUUGCCACAAGUUGAACAAGACAAUCGUCUGAAAUCACUACGUUGUAUUGUAUCUGGAGUGCACAUUGAAGAUCGAGUUUCUGUGAAACCAUUAACAGCUAUUACCGGUUCCAUCGCCGAUGAUGCACUCGUCAACUGUCUUGAACAAGAGCGCAUAUCGGAGACGUGUGAAAUGGUGAAUGAAGCACCCACCAGUAUAUUCAACUCGCUAGUAAGUUUUUGCGUUGUAUGGCUCAUUCAUGAAUGUCUCUUACACAUGGCUCUGAUCAUUUCGCAAUCCUAUUGGUCACUUGCUUGCCUCAUCUGGCUACUAGGAUGUAUAUCUAUUUCAUUCAUUACUCUCAAAUGGUUACCGUCGGGCAUUGAGUCGUGGUGGAGCCGACAAUUGCUUGUUACUGCUUUUGGCUUUGCCAUUCCCUUGACAUUCGAAGGCGAUUCAGCGACAGCAACCGAUUAUAUAUAUCCUCGAUUUAUUUGUUGGCUAGGUCGUAUUUGUAUUGGCCGAAAUGUGCGCAUCGGGACAGUGACUAAUCUACUGAUGAUUCGUCGUAAUCUUCUGAAUAUAGGCUCGAAUGUGACGCUCGGCUCUGAUAUUCUUUUCAACGAUGGCAACGCCGUUACUUGCAUUGAAGACGGUGCUUCGUUCGGUAAUGAUUGUCUUAUCGAAGCCGGCGCUCAUAUUCCAUCAUCAGCCAACGUCGGCUCAAUGACACGUGUCGACAAUUCACCUGAUUUUACACAAUCAAAUCAAGUCCUUUUUGGUAUUCCUGCACGGCAAACGACGACCCUUUUCGUCACUGUUUCACCACUUGACGAUUCCUUGCAUCCAAAAGAAGCAUCUCACUCGAUUAUUCUAUCAAUUUUUGUUCGAUUUGUCUCAUUGUUACUCGUUUUUGGUAUCAUUCAUGUGACUAUUCUACCUAUUUCGCUAAUUCUCUUCUCACUAAUCGUCUGUGCUCUCUAUUCGCCGAGAAAAGACUCGUCCUUAUUGUCAUGUUUAACUCGUACACUUGUCAAUGAUUUCAUCUUGUGUCUGGGUCCGUUUCUAGGUGGUACGCAAUGGCUCAACAUACUUCUAAAUGCGUUUGGUGCCACAAUUCAUCGAUCUGUCAUAAUAGCUGACAUAGAUUGCAUCGAUGAUCCACAUAUGAUACAGAUCGGUCCACAUGUACGCAUUGAUCAGCGAGCUCGUAUACAAGUGAGUGCGAUUGAAGACUAGAAACCAAUGUCUUGAUAGCAUCUCCGCGUGAUGUUCACAGAGUAAACAUAAAAGAUUUCGGGAUGAAUAGAACCAUUCAGAUGUCUAGCGUGACUGAGGCUCUAAAUCGCUGAAUAUUUCUCCAUAGCGGUGUAUAUGAUAAUAUGUAAAGUGAAUUUUUGACGAGUCUCAAAAAGUAGAUCAUAUCAAAAGUACAUCUCUUAGCUGUUAGUUGAAAGAGUGUUAGCAUGUAAAAAAGCUCUUACGUCUUUCUCCAUUACAGAAGAGUCAAUCAAGCGUUACUUUCGUUAUAAAUAAUGAGAGUAAUGUCAGGCAAGAGCAACUAAGCCAAAUAUUGCUGAUUUACACUUAUUCUCGAGCUAUGAAGUUCUUGACACUGUCUUCGGUCUGAAUUCGGAAGGUUUGUCUAUGAUUUUUAUUGAAAACAUUCUGUCUCCUAAUUGCAUACCUUCUCAAUGAUAGCAAUGUGCCAACUUUGUCUUACUCGUAUUUUAACAGCUGAUAAUCAAACUUUGAUCUUUUCAGGGGCAUACCUAUGAAUAUCGUCAAUUAUACAUGCGCCCAGUGUCGAUCGGUACCCGUUCUCAUUUGAUGCCCAAUGCGUUUGUAUUGCCCGGCUGUCAUCUCGAUGGAAACAAUACAAUCUAUCCGUGCAC